AUGCGCGUCGGCCAGCUGGAUUCUGAACUUUUGGACCAAGAGCUUGUUCAUGUGCUCCAAGAACCGCUUCAGUCGGCGCUGGCGACAAUGAAUCCCUCCCUUAGAUCCCGCUUUGAGCCCGAACUCAGCUUGAUCAUUCAACUGACACUCUACAAGCUUUCGGUAUGGAAUCUAGGCGCGACUUAUGGUGCCAAGCUGCAAGAUUUAAAAUACAAAGUUCCUCAAAACUUGGGGCAGAAGUUUGCCCCAUCUGGUCUUCCUAGGCGAACACUCUUCAUCCAUGGAACGUUGACCAUUGUCGUACCCUAUUUUCACGCUCGCCUUCGCUCUCAUGCAUUGUCGAAUUCCUGGCCUGAUGCACCUUCGUCCGACAUUCGCAAGAGGUUAUGGGAUACGAUAGCAUCCCUGGAAUCGUUGCACACCGUGCUCGGGUUGUUCAACUUUGUUGCAUUUCUAUGGGACGGAAGGUAUCGUGCCGUUACAGACAGACUCCUUCGGAUGAGACUCGUUCCUUCGCGCCGGCUUGUCAAACGUGAUGUCAGUUAUGAAUUCAUGAACCGCCAGAUGGUCUGGCAUGCCUUUACAGAAUUCCUACUGUUCCUCCUUCCUCUCAUAAACGCCCGUUCUAUUCGUCGAUCAAUCACCCGCAUAGUAUCCGCCAUUAGUCUGAGCAAUAUAAGAGCCAUGGCGCCAAUCAAGGCGCUCGGCCUGGGCUCGGGCACGAAGACACCACAAACGCUGACGAAACGUCGUGGAAGAUACUGGACCAUGGCAGCAGAUCAAUGCGCAAUUUGUGCCGAGAAUGCGUCUUUCAACUUCAACAUAUCAGAACCUACGAACGUCUUUUCGUCAAUUGCUACCUCUGCACCAACUACAGGAGCAGGCGAAAAUUCUGAGAACGAACCCCCAACGUUUCCCAUCAAUACACCAUACCAGGCCUCAUGUGGCGAUACAUAUUGCUAUCAUUGCAUAGCGGAGCGACUCCUACGUACCGUCGAUGAAGGUGAUGCUACUGAGGGAGGCUGGGAAUGUAUACGAUGUGCGGAAAUCGUCAAAACAGCCGAAAGGGUCACAUUCAUCCCCGAGGAAGUUGAAGCAGAGACCACAAGCGACUACGAAUUUUCCAGUGAUCUAGACGCCACCGACAUGUCUGCAUCAGUUGGUAGCUUCACAGGCUCCGCAAUGUCAGAUGAUUAUUAG